AUGGGAUCCUGGUUAAUCAGUAACCAGAGUUUCGCCUUUAAAAAGGCCCUCGUCUUGACCGUCCAAGUCAAAGCCCUGGCCGAAGGCGUCACCGUCCAGGUCGAUGACUUGACCUUCUCCUGGGACUCGGUCAAAGCGCUGAAGAAGAUCCUGGAUCCUGCACCCCAAAACCCCCGCUUCCGGAGCCGAGGACCGGCGCCCGUGUGCCUGCACCCCCAACUCCCCCGCGAAUUCCUGCCUCUCUGCGCCACGCCGAAGGCCGCCAGCGUGUUCAGGGCCCUCGACCGCAUCGCCAGAGAUCCGGAGACCUGCGAAAUCUGCUUUAACGUCGCCUGCUCCGGAUGCUAA